AUGUUGAAAACCUCCGUCAGAUCUCUUUCCAGCACCAGCAGAGUCCUUGGAACCAAGGUGUUCAUGACCACGUCGAUUGGCGGUCACAAGCAAAACCCCAUCAAGUUUGAGUUGUUCGACGAGGUUGUGCCAAAAACCGCCGAGAACUUCAGAGCCUUGUGUACCGGCGAGAAGGGAUUUGGUUACGCCAAUUCCAGCUUCCACAGAGUCAUUCCUCAGUUCAUGUUGCAGGGUGGUGACUUCACCAGACACAACGGUACCGGCGGCAAGUCGAUCUACGGCGAGAAGUUUGCGGACGAGAACUUCUCCAAGAAGCACACCAAGCCUGGUUUGUUGUCGAUGGCCAACGCCGGCCCCAACACCAAUGGGUCGCAGUUUUUCAUCACCACGGUGCCAUGCCCAUGGUUGGACGGCGCCCACGUGGUUUUCGGUGAGGUGAUUGAGGGCAUGGACGUUGUGGAGAAGAUCGAGGCGCAGGGUUCCCAGACCGGUUCGCCAAGAAGCAAGAUUGUCAUCGAGGAGUGUGGCGAGUUGACUGAGUAA